AUGGCUUCUGUGCAAGAAGCCCUGAAACUGCCUCCCCACAGGAGUUUGAAGCUUCAAUGGCCCCAAAAGUAUAUGGCAUUAGACGAAACCAGGGUGACCCUUGAUGAACCUGACGGUUGGGCAAAUGGUUGGGUCUACUUUGGAGAUGUCACCAACAUUUACGACGCCAAGAAAAGGGUGGAGGAGUCAUGUUGUGGGUUGACAGCAAACCUCUCCGAUGGUCGUCAAAACCGAGCCUACGAGGAAAUCACUCAAACCCUGGGUGCCUUAUUUCGAGAUUACGACAAAAAUGUUGCUCCGCAAAUGCACUACUUACAACCGGUCAUGGUUUCAUUGAAGGUAACCGUGGAUCACGUUUAUUCCUUUGACCUGGCGGAACAAUCCUUACAUUCUUUGUUAACAUUGGAAACGAGCUGGUCGGAUCGACGUCUCGCUUGGUAUCCCACCAAACAGCGAAGCUUUCGCCUCAAUAAUAUAUCAGUAUGGGAACCAAGUGUCUACUUCGUGAAUGGUUUAUCGGCAGUGGAAUCCGCCGCUGAACCAGCUAUCAGACUGGAAUACAGCGGCAACUUGAACAAGUAUCAGAAAUUAUCAUUGAAGACAUUCUGUCCGACUGAAAAAGACCAGUACAGUUUCUCCUGUCCGUUCAUGCUGAAAACGUAUCCUUUGCCAAGCACACAAGAACGGCUGAGAGUAACAGAUUUUGAAGUCAAUGAAAAAUUUCAAAGCCACCAGUGGAAUGCCGAGGUCAAUACCAACGAGACACGAAUUUAUAAUGAAGAUCCUAUUGUACUUGUUAUUGAUCUCGAACUGAAAUAAAAAUGAUUUGUGUUUAAGUUUAAAAUAUAAUAUAAUUGACA